AUGACAACACCCAACACAAGCCAGACGGCCAUGUCAGAAUUGGCAGAACUCAAACAGCAAAGGGCCUCAACCAAAGCGAGUAUCAGUAGGAUUAGAGGGUUGAUCGAAACCCACAUAAAGGGGACUGGAAAAUUAUUGUCACAGCCGGAAUUAAAAUGUAGGCAAGAUAUCCUAGAUUCUUACUUUAAACAGGUCUUAUCAUUUCAGACAUCAAUUGAGAAACUAGAUGCUACCGAUACGUGCAGAGCUGACUUAGAGGAGCUUUAUAUUUCAACAAAAAUUUCCAUAUCUUCGCAGCUGAAUGAUGAAGCUAAUAAUUCUACAAUGAUGGACAACACAGCAUUGAUACCUACUGUGAGUAAGAAGUUGCCACAUUUGAAAUUACCCACGUUCAGUGGUAAGUACUCCGAAUACAAGAACUUCAUCAAUUCUUUCGUCCAAAUUAUUGAUCGAGAAGCGUGUCUAACCAACAUCGAAAAAUUUAACCAUUUACGAAAUUGUCUAACGGGCCAAGCAUUAGAAACAGUGCAGGCAUUCCCCAUUUGUAAUGAAAAUUAUCCGAAGGCUUUAGAGCGACUUAAAACACGGUAUGACAACAGUACGCUGAUUUUCUUAGAAAACAUUACAGCUUUAUUUGAUUUGCCAGUGGUUUCGGAUCAGUCUAGCCACCAACUUCGCAGCCUAAUCGAUAAUGUGUCUGCACUGUACGGUUCACUCUGCACGUUAGGCUCUGAAAAACAAAUAUGUGAGGCAAUACUCAUUUCAUUGGUAAUGCAGAGGGUGGAUGAAACUACACGUAGGAAAUGGAAGGAGGCGCUAUCUCUCACCACUCUACCUAGUUGGAACGACUGUUCAGCACUGCUUGACAGACAUUGUCAGUUUCUAGAAUCUCUCGAUCACAAGCCAUACAACCAUCUAUCGGUACCUCGUAAAGCCAACAAUAUUAAGGCCAAACCCAUCAAUCGUCCUAACCAGUAUUCGUUCGCUACAGCUACUUCCACCCAGUCCUGCUUACUUUGUUCAAGUCAUGAACAUUUAGUGCAGAAAUGCCCUCGUUUUAAAACUAUGGUAGUUAACCAAAGAUUUGAGAAGGCGAAAUGUUUGAAACUCUGCAUUAACUGUCUAUCGCCCCGGCAUCGAGUGGCCAAUUGCACAUCAUCAUUCAAAUGCCGAAUAUGCGCAAAGUCACAUCACACACUCUUGCACCAAUCCAAUAGCAAUGACCAGGUUUCGGAUUCACUAAAUACCACAAGGCAAACUCUGUUGCCCAAUAACAAUGUUAUCAGUCACUCUCAUCUUGAUAUGUCUUCAAAUGAACAAAUAAUUUUAGCUACGGCGCUGGUUUUGGUGAAAGAUUCAGUUGGAGGUUAUCAAGUGGGGAGAGCGUUACUCGAUUCGUGCUCGCAGGUUAAUUUUAUAACAGAGGAAUUCUCAAAAAAUCUUAAUUUGGUCAAAUACAAGCGACCGGUACAUGUGGCAAGUAUAGGCAGCACAUUUGCUAAUAUAAAGCAUCAAACAUCCACUAUCGUAAAGUCACGUCAUUCAAAUCUUGAGCUGGAUCUCAACUUCUGCGUUACUCCUCAUAUUGCUUACCAGCCAAGCUCAGAAAUUGAUGUAUCAUCAUGGAACCUCCCGCCGAAUACUUCACUCGCAGAUGAACUAUUUUUUAAAUCCAAACGUAUCGAUCUCUUACUAGGCACAGAAAGCUUCUUUGACAUUUUAUCCAUCAGUCAAAUUAAAUUGGGUGCGAAUCUUCCAGUCCUGCAAAAAACAUUGUUUGGAUGGGUGGUAUCCGGUAGAUGUCAAGGUGUUCUCGAUAAUCCCACAGUUGCAAACUGCCUAAUGUCACUAGAUGAUACCGUAUCUAAACAACUAGAAAUGAUGUGGAAGAUAGAGGAAGUACAAUCAGCUGAAAAAUCGUGGUCACCAGAGCAAUCGAAGUGCGAGACCUCCUAUCAAGAAACAGUUCGACAAGCUAUGGACGGAAGAAUUGUAGUUCGAUUACCAUUUAAGGAACCACCAACCACCCUCGGUCUGACACACAGCAUUGCCUUGCGUCGACUUCUAGGUAUAGAACGACGCUUAUCAUCCAAUUCUGCAUUAAAACGCGAUUACUGGGAGUUCAUGAAACAAUAUCUGGAGUUAGGGCAUAUGACGCGCGUCGAAGAUCCCAAAUUGAACGAACCGCAUUACUAUAUCCCUCACCAUUGUGUUCUGAAGCCUUCCAGCACGUCAACAAAGUUGAGAGUAGUUUUUGACGCAUCAUGUCCAACCUCAUCUAGUCGUGCGCUAAAUGACAUUUUGCUGGUAGGCCCUACCAUUCAGCCGGAACUAUAUCUGCUCCUUCUUCAGUUUCGUUUCUACCGUUAUGCUCUGACAGCCGAUAUCGUAAAGAUGUUCCGACAAAUUUUGGUGGAUAAAGGAGAUCGAAGGUUUCAAUAUAUCCUCUGGAGAGACACAGAUGCGGAGCCUGUUAGUACUUACGAACUCAAUACUGUCACUUAUGGCACAGCAUCGGCGCCGUUUUUAUCAACUAGAAGUUUACAAUAUUUGGCCGAUAAAUAUAAAGACAAAUACCCAUUAGGCUCUCCACUUCUUAAAUCGUCAUUUUUUGUGGAUGAUUUUAUUGGCGGAGCCGACUCCAGUGAAGAACUUGUCGAAAUUAAACAUCAACUGACUGCAAUUCUGAAGGAAGGUUGUUUUGAAUUGGAUAAAUGGCAUUCUAAUCAUGUGGAUUUUGUAAGCGACACUACAACGAAGAGUUGGGAUCUGGGUUCGGAUACGAUCACUAGCGCAUUGGGCAUCAAAUGGCAUCAACUUCAUGAUGUGUUUCUAUUCUCGUUCAACGUCCCGAUUAGUCGUACGGUAACAAAACGUUCUAUUCUAUCACUGGCCUCAUCACUGUUCGAUCCUCUUGGGUUACUCGCUCCACUUGUACUUGUUUCAAAAAUUAUUAUGCAAGAACUCUGGCUGCUUCGUUUGAAUUGGGAUGAGUCAGUACCUCAAGCUCUUCACUCUGCAUGGGAAACGUUCGUUCAAGACCUCCAUACACUUUCGUCUAUGAAGAUACCGCGAUUUUGCCUAACAAUAGGCCCUCAACAAGUAGACAUCCACGGAUUUUGUGAUGCCUCAAUAAGAGCAUAUGGAUGUUGCAUUUAUCUUCGUUCUCAGGAUAAGUCAGGUAACGUGACAGUCAAACUAUUUACUGCAAAAUCCCGCGUAGCUCCGAUAAAGAGGAAAUCGUUGCCUAAGUUAGAGUUAUGUGGUGCGUUACUUCUUGCCAGGUUAUUACAAAAAAUUCAGCCGACACUCGCUCACCUCGAAGGAGAAACAUUUUUUUGGACGGAUUCCCAAAUAGUUCUGCAUUGGUUGAAACAACAUUCCUCGACUCUAUCUGCCUUUGUAGGCAACCGUGUGGCUGAAAUCCAAGAUAUAACUCGCGCUGGUCAGUGGCAGCACAUAUCUACAAAAAUUAAUCCAGCUGAUAUUGUUUCUCGUGGUUGUACCAAUCGCCAACUAACGGAGUCUACGUGGUUCACUGGACCAGAAUUUUUAUUACGUGAAAGAAAACAUUGGCCUCAACCAGAACAUAGCAAUUUAGAUAUGGAAGUAGUCAAUAAGGAAAGAAGGAAACUUGCGUUUACUCAGGUAACUAAAGAAAAUUAUUUGCUGACAGUUAUAUCAAGGUAUGGCUCCUAUGCUAAAAUACUACGAAUAGUAGCGCAACUACAUCGAUUCCAUCAGUUAACCAAGUAUAAAGAGAAAGCUGACGUAGAGGUCAUUCAACCUAUGCAAUUACAAAAAGCACUGCAUUGCAUUGUUUGGAUUAUCCAAAAUCAUUUUUUUUCUCAGGAUAUACAAGGCCUACAGCGAGGUAAUCCAGUGGAAGGGUCACUCAAGCACCUAAACCCAUUCUUGGAGGAAGCGUCAGGUUAUCAACUCUUAAAGCUGAUUGUUUGCUUAAUAACUGGAGCGUAG